AUGAAAAAAAAGAGUAUUAGUGAAACAAAAUCUACAAAUGGAUUAUCAACAGAUGAAAUUCGUCAUAUCAUUCAACAUGAAACCUUGAAUCCUAAUAUCCCUUUAGCUAUAGUUCAAGAAAAAUGGUAUGCUGACAAGCAAUUGUCUGAUCGUACUAUUCGUUCAAUAUUUAAAAACAUAUGUGUUGAAUGUGAAAUUGAUAUAAAAGGAAGAAAUAUUUGCAAUCACUCUGAAAGAAAAACAUGUAUUUUUGAAUUGUUUGAUCUUGGAAUUCCUGAAAAUACUGAGGCACUUUCUGAAAUUGUUAAUCGACUUGAGGGACUUCCUUUAUUACCAUCUUCUUCCAAUACAAUUAAACGAAAAAAUUCAAUUGCUUCUCAAUCUUCUUUAAUGUCUGACAGUAAUUCAAAUUUUGAUGUAGAAAAUGAACUUCAGGGAAAUUCUGUUUUGGGCUUUUGCACUGCUAAGGAAAUUAUGCAAAAAGAUAAUUAUUUGCAAAGUAAUCGUAACUCUGCUGAACUUGAUGAAGAUUAUACUUUCAAGAAAAGAAAAAACUACAAAUACAAGAGGAUAAAAAUAGUCAAGAAAUACUAUAAAAAUUGUACUUUUAAUAAAUAA